GGCAAGUCUGAGGAACUAUAAACUGGAUAAGCACAGACAGACAUCACCAACCUGUGCAAAGGUGAUUCCCACAGCUGAAAGAAAGAAGCAUUUUUAGAGCAAAAUAAGCUUUUCAUGUUACAGGAGCUGAAGCAAAGCAUAUUCCAGUAUGCUUAAGCUGUGUGGACUCCAAUUUCUGCUUCUCAUUCAGUCGGCUAUGUGGCUUAAUCUGGAGGGCCUGCGUGUAAGUGGGCCUCUGAAAGACAUGGACUUCUUUGUCCAAGAAGGAGGGGGUCCACGCAUCCUUCACCAGUUCACACUUGAGCCACCUGCUGUGAGUUUCAGAAUGUCUGGUGAAAAAGCUGGAAUUAUUGACAUUGAGCCAAGGACAGGCAUCCUGUACAUCAACGGGUCUCUGGACUGGGAGACCAAACAAGUGCACAAGCUGCAGGUGGAAAGUCUGGAUGAAAGUGGAAGCAAAGUUAAAGGUCCAUAUUCUGUUACAAUACAUGUGGAGGAUAUCAAUGACAACCCACCAGAGUUUGACCAGAAAAGGUACUUUGGAAUAGUGAGGCAGAACUCUCGUCCAGGCAAGCCCUUCAUGUAUGUCCAUGCCACUGACCGUGAUGAUCCCACAACUCCCCAUGCUCAGCUGUCAUACAGCAUUCUCCACCAUUUUCCCAACCCAUAUAAAGAAAUGCUUUUCCAGAUUGAUAAUGCAACUGGAGCAAUCUCACCAAGCAGGACAGGCUCUUAUUACUUGGAUCCUCAAAAGCAGGCCAUCUUCACACUUGUUGUCUCAGUGAAGGACAUGGCAGGGACAACAAUAAAUGCUUUCACCAGCAGUGUUGAUGUAAUCAUCACUGUGAUGGAGAGCCUGUGGAAAGCUCCUCCCAUCAUCCACAUCAAAGAAAACUCAACCCAGGUCCACCCUGUCAACAUCAGCAAGGUGUGGUCAAAUGAACCAGAUGUAAUUUAUGACAUUUUUGAAAAAGAAAAGCUCCCAAGGCUCCCAUUUUCCAUCAGUAAGAAUGGGGAUAUUUAUGUGACUGAACCAUUGGACAGGGAAGAAAAGGAUACUUAUACAUUCUUUGUGGUGACAAAAGAUAACACGGGAGAGCUGGUGGACAAGCCUUUGCAAAUCCACGUUAUUGUGGAUGACAUCAAUGACAACCCCCCUGUGUGCCAGAAGCCUCUCACCAUAAUUGAAGUUCAAGAAAAUGAAAUGGGAGGAAGUAACAUUGGCACCGUGCUUGCCACAGACAUGGAUAAGGAGGACACCCUUAACUCUCGUCUGCGGUUCCAAAUUCAAAGUCAGGAACCUGAAUUUCCUGAAAAGAAUCUCUUCUAUAUCCAGAAAGACACUGGGAUUUUGCAAUUAACUGGCCGUUCCUUACGCAAGCGUGAAUCAGCCAAGUAUUUCUUGAAGGUCCUGGUGACAGAUUCAAAAUAUGAAACAAUCUGUGAUGUGGAAGUACAUGUCAUCGACAUCAACGAUCAAAUUCCCAUCUUUGAAAAAUCAGAUUAUGACAGUGUGACCAUGGCAGAAAAUAUGCCAAUAGGAACUGUGAUAUUAGAAAUUCAAGCUACUGAUGGAGAUGAGCCUGACACAGGGAGCUCUCUCAUCAUUUACCAAGUGAAGGAAGGUGAUCCAAACAACACGUUCAUCAUAGAGACAGACUCUCAAACAAACCGAGGGUUCGUCAAGAUUAACAAGGCUCUCGAUUUUGAGACAAUGCCUGUGUACAACCUGGUGAUCAACGCCACAAACCCUGAACCGCUGGUGCCACACGUGCAGUACAACUCAAGCUCUACUACCAAGUUUAAAGUGGUUGUAAGAAAUGUGGAUGAGCCACCUGUUUUCCCGCAUCCAGUUUACAAAGCAGAAGUGUCUGAAGACAUUCCUGUAAAUACCUUGGUCAUGACGGUGGAGGCCUAUGAUCCUGAAAAGGAUUCUGUACGAUACUCCUUGGAAGGUGAUGUGAGAAAAUGGCUGAGAAUUGAUCCAGCCACUGGGCAGGUAUACACUAAUUCCCCUUUGGAUCGAGAAGCAGAAGAAAUAUACUCAAUAGAGGUUGUUGCAUCAGAAAAAAAUAACGCAGCUCAGAAAUCCAAAGCACCCUUGAUUCUACACUUACUCGAUGUGAAUGACAACCCUCCAGAAAUAGCUACAGAUUAUCCUACUUUCUUCUGCUACCCGGUCAGUGGAGGAGAGAAAACUCUUAUUCAAGCUACUGAUGCUGAUAAACAGUAUUUUUAUUCAAAAUUUACCUUUUCCCUUGCGGAUGAGAUGAAUACAAGAAAUAAUUGGGAAAUCUCAAAAUUCAAUGCUACCCAUGCUUACCUGUCCCCGAAACAUGCUAACUUUGAAGAGAAGGUGUAUGAUGUUCCAAUAGUACUUAAUGACAAUGGAAAUCCGGCCUUGCAAAACAAAGUGAAUCUUAAAGUAAGCAUCUGCAAGUGUUCCAGUGAAAAUUCAUGUUUUAUUGAAAUAAACCGUGAGCACUCCUGGCCAACCCCUGGUCAGGCAAUUGGGAUUCUCCUUGCGGUCCUGCUAGUCAUUGGUGCCAUUUUAGCUGGUGUGUUUUGCCACAUGAAACACAAAGAGAAAAAUGAAAAGAGCCAUCCCAAAGAUGCAAAAGAUAAGGCUGAACUCAACAGACUGGCUUAAUGACUGUUGCAUCAAGAGACCAAACCACCUUCUGGGUUGUGAAUGAGUGAACUUUGAAGCUCCCAAAGCCCAGAGGUACACUAUCACAAAUAGGAUAAAACCAUGCAAAACUAGACUCCCAGGGGUUUGGCCUCACUUUUGUACCUAAUACUAUCUAGUCACAAAACAUAAAAAUAUAUGUAACCUUCAGCAGCAGCCAUUAAUAAAUAUAUCAGCUUUGUCUGAAGUGUUAACUCAUGACAACACCAAAUGCUGAGCUCCUUCAAGGAUCUAUACAUGGGACCAGUCCUCUUCAUCUGCCAGCUGAAGUAAAUAUGGACUUUACAGAGGACUACAUUUUGUCGACCUGCACAUAUUUGUCUCUUUCCAGCUCAGUAAGUCACUGAAGAGCAGACUGGGGAAUAAAGUCCUAUGCUACAUUUGAAGAUACCCCAUGAAGUUGUGGGAAUCUCUGACCCCCAGCAAAGGAGUUCACAAACUUAUUACAAUCUGUAAUAUGCCCUGGGUCAUGCCUGCUUACAUUAUGCUCAAUUUGUUUUAUCAAUGUGACAUUUCAGUUUUUCUUUUUUGAUAUCCCACAGAGUAAAACCAGUUUGUGAAGCGCCAUGGCCUUUCAUUACAAUAUCCAAGUUAAAAAAAAAACAACUAUGCUGAGUAAUAUGCAGUUUUAUCUUACUUCUGCAAAUAUUGCUCUUGUCCGCUACACAUAAGAAUAAAAAUGUUCUUUAAAGA